UGAAAAAAUCGUUCACUUUUUUACAGUUUUUAUUGGGUUCACCAGGUCCAGUUAAUUAAUCUACUUAUUAUUAAGUCAUAUCAUAAUAUUUGUAAAAAAAAUUAAGACUUUUAAGUUAAAAAAGUUCAAUAUUUUCUAAUAUUAAUAAUUGUAAUAGUUGUAAGGAAUCAAAAUGAAUACAAAUUUAACAUCAAAAGAAAUUCGCUCAGCAUUUAUAGAUUUUUUCAAGGAACGAGACCAUUUAUAUGUACACUCGUCAUCCACAAUUCCAUUAGAUGAUCCUACCUUACUUUUUGCUAAUGCGGGUAUGAAUCAGUAUAAACCCAUAUUUUUGGGUACUGCGGAUCCAAAUAGUGAUAUGGCAAAAUGGACUCGUACAGUUAAUACUCAAAAAUGUAUUCGUGCUGGUGGUAAACAUAAUGAUCUUGAUGAUGUAGGUAAAGAUGUAUAUCAUCAUACAUUUUUCGAAAUGUUGGGAAAUUGGUCAUUUGGUGAUUAUUUUAAGAGAGAAAUAUGUACAUGGGCUUGGGAACUUUUAACCAAAAAUUUUAAAUUACCUCCAAGCCAAUUGUACGUGACAUAUUUUGGUGGACAUCCAGAAUCUGGCCUGGAACCUGACAUUGAAUGUAAAAAUAUUUGGCUUGAAUUGGGUGUACCUGAAACGCAUAUUCUACCAGGUAGCAUGAAAGAUAAUUUUUGGGAAAUGGGUGAAACUGGUCCUUGUGGACCUUGCUCGGAACUUCAUUUUGAUCGUAUCGGUAAUCGAGAAGUUCCACAUUUAGUAAAUAUGGAUGACCCUGAUGUAUUGGAAAUUUGGAAUUUAGUUUUUAUUCAAUUUAAUCGUGAAUCAGAUGGUAGUUUAAAAUUGUUACCGAAAAAGCAUAUCGAUUGUGGACUCGGAUUAGAGCGUUUAGUUUCUGUUAUUCAAGGAAAACGUGCUAAUUACGAUACAGAUUUGUUUUUACCUAUAUUUGCUGCAAUACAAAAAGGUACCGGAACCCGAGAAUAUCAAGGUUUAGUAGGAGAUGAUGAUAAAGAUGGAAUCGACAUGGCUUAUCGAGUUUUAGCUGACCAUGCACGUACUUUAACAAUUGCUUUAUCUGAUGGAGGUCGUCCAGAUAACACUGGUCGUGGAUAUGUUUUACGUCGUAUUUUACGACGGGCUGUACGAUACGGGACUGAAAAAUUAGGUGCUAAGCCAGGUUUCUUUGCUACAUUAGUUCCUGUUGUCAUUGAAAUAUUAGGUGAUGUAUUCCCCGAAAUAAAAAAGGAUCCUCAAGAAAUUAUGGAUAUUAUUAACGAAGAAGAGGCACAAUUUUUAAAAACAUUAUCACGUGGACGUAAUUUAUUAAAUCGAACUGUUCAAAAACUAGGAGAUUCAACAUCAGUUCCAGGGGAUGUUGCAUGGAGAUUAUAUGAUACUUAUGGUUUCCCAAUCGAUUUAACACAAUUGAUGUGCGAAGAAAAAGGUUUGAAAGUAGAUAUGAAUGAAUACGAAGAAGCUAAAAAGCGAUCACAGUUAGCAUCUCAAGGAAAAUCCGGAACUGCUGAUGAUAGCAUUAAUUUAGAUGUUCAUUCCAUUACCGAAUUACAAAAUUUGGGAAUACCAUCCACGGAUGAUUCAUUUAAAUAUCAAUAUAAACCGAUUUCAAGCGAUAAAACAUCUGAAUAUCAAUUCGAUCAAUGUGUGGCAACUGUGAUUAAAAUUAGACAUGCUAAACAAUUUGUAAAUGAAAUAACAUCAGGUCAAGAAGCUGGCGUGUUGCUUGAUAAAACUUGUUUUUAUGCUGAACAAGGUGGACAAAUUCACGACGAAGGUUUCUUUGAAAAAGUUGGUGAUAAUAGCGUUGAAUUCACUGUUAAAAAUGUUCAGGUCCGUGGUGGGUAUGUUCUACACAUUGGAUCUGUUGAGGGUACUCUAAAAGUUGGAGAUCAAGUAAUCUUACAUUUGGAUGUAACUCGACGACAAUUAGUUAUGAAAAAUCAUACUGGAACACAUGUUCUAAAUUAUGCUUUAAGAAAUGUAUUAGGUAGUGAAGCGGAUCAAAGAGGAUCUUUAGUUGCACCUGAUAAACUACGAUUCGAUUUUACUAAUAAAGGUGCAAUGACUACUCAACAAGUUAAAGAUACGGAACAAUGUGUCGUUGAAAAGGUUCUUAAGAACGAACAAGUUUAUAGUAAAGAAACUCGAUUGUCAUUAGCGAAAACUAUUAAAGGUUUACGUGCAGUUUUUGAUGAGACAUAUCCAGAUCCCGUUAAAGUUGUUUCAGUUGGAGUACCCGUUGACGAAUUGGAACAAGAUCCAUUCAGUGAUGCUGGAACUAAAACAUCUGUUGAGUUCUGUGGUGGUACUCAUCUACACUACACCGGACAUAUUGGAGAUUUUGUUAUAUCAAGCGAGGAAGCUAUUGGAAAAGGUAUUCGUCGUAUAGUUGCAUUAACUGGUCCUGAAGCUGCCAAGGCUUUAAAGAAAGCUGAAUUAUUAGAAAAUGAAGUUAAUAAAUUAAAAGCUGAUAAUUCAGGACCAAAAGAAUUAGUGAAAAAAAUUGUGGAGUUAACAAAUGAUAUUUCACAAGCUGUGAUUCCAUAUUGGAAAAAGGAUGAACUUCGUAAUGUAUUGAAAAAUUUGAAGAAAGAUUUAGAUGACCGUGAUCGACAAAAUAAAGCUGCUGUUGCUGGUCAAGUUGUCGAAGAUGCUAAAGAAUUAUGUAAAAGUAAUCCGGAUGCUGCCUAUUUAGUUAAAGAAUUGAAAGCGUACUCAAAUACCAAAGCAUUAGAUGCAGCUUUGAAACAAGUUAAGCUAUUAAAUCCGAAGACAGCUGCAAUGUUUCUUUCUGUAGAUGAAGAUACUAAAAAAAUAUUUUGUUUAUCUUCAGUACCAAAAGAAGCUGUUGAAAAAGGCUUAAAAGCUAAUGAAUGGAUUCAACAAAUUUCACCAUUGAUGGGAGGCAAAGGUGGUGGUAAACCUGAAUCUGCUCAAGCAUCUGGUACUAAUAUAGGUGCUUUAAAUGAAGUUAUUGAAUUAGCUGCCCAAUUUGCUAAAACAAAAUUAGCAUAACAUGGGUAAAUAAUUACAUUUAUUUAUUUGUUAAAAAAUGAAAAUGUUUCGAGAACAUUUUCCACCGUUUUUUAA